AUGCCCCCUAAGACGAAGCUACCUCCGAACUUCGACAGGUACGACGGGACAAGAGAUCCUGAGGACCAUCUCCAUGCUUUCAAAGGUGCGGGACAGCUGGGACUAUGGCCUAUGCCAGUUUGGUGCCACAUGUUUGUGCAAACUCUAACAGAGGGGACCAGGCUCUGGUUUGAUAGCCUUCCCCCCGGAGGAAUUGACAGCUAUGAAGAAUUAAGUGAGAAGUUUCUGAGGAACUUUGGCCAACAAAGAAAGGUGAUCAAAAACCCAAACGAAAUCAUGCAUAUAAGGCAGAGGGACAACGAACGGAUAGAUCAAUACAUGGAGAGGUUUGUCAAAGAAAGCAUGAAUAUCAAGGAUGUCCCGGAGUUCAUGAAGAUCAGCAGUUUCAUUAACGGGCUAAAACACGCACAACUAUGCGAAAAGCUGGGGGAGGAGUUCCCACGCUCAUUUGACAACCUCAUGGACAGGGUUAGAGCCUUCGUCCGGGGCAAGGACACGGUCAGCAAAGCUAAAGAGAUGGACACUCCGCCCAGAAGGGUCAACCCCACUACAAAGCCUCUCGAAAAAGGUACACCUUACUCAAGAAAACCAGCUCUUGAUAGAAUGAUGCAUGAUAGGGCGAGGCCCUCGUAUUCCCCAUAUAGGCCUCGGGGGAGAGGCCCAUUCCCCUACUCCGACAGCUUCACCCCUCUCACCAAAACUCCAAGUGAAAUACUGGCCACUGAGAGGGUGAAGCAUUCCUUCCUAAGACCACCACCUAUAAAACCAGGACCAAAGGCACAACCGAACGAAUACUGUGACUUUCAUAGGGAAUUAGGUCACAAAACUGACGAUUGUAUGUAUUUAAAAAGGGAAAUAGAGGUCGCGGUAAAAACGGGUAAACUGGCUCAUUUGGUUAAGGAAAUAAAGGAGGGAGGAGGGGACCGCAAAGGGAAAGAUGUGAGAGAGCCUGGAAGGGCAGAUGUAGACAUGAUUCGGAGGAUAGAUGAAUUUGAUACCACCGGGAGUGUAAAGGCCAGAAUUCUGGGCUCCCCAGACCGCAUGAAAGCUCCUAUCUUGAUGCCACACCAGGAGGAGAACGAGGUGCAGCGACUCCCCCUUAACAUUUCAGCCACAAUAGCCGGCCACAAGGUGGUCAGAAUACAUGUGGAUGGAGGAAGCGGGGUAGAGGGAGAAAUAUCUGAGAAACCCCAAAAAGAGGGAGUCGAAGAGUGGGUCCUUUGUGACAGAUUCCCGGAGCAGAUGGUUAAGGUGGGAAACCACCUAAGUGACAAAUGA